CCCUUUUACAAACAAUGUUACGCAGGACAGAGUUUUUUACUCAGUAUUAUUGAAUAUGAAAGCUCGACGUCGUUCUUCUAAUUUGGAUAGAAUUAGUGCCCUUCCCCAGCCCAUAAUCGAAAACAUCCUAUGUCAUCUACCUAUCCAAGAUGCAGUGAGGACUAGUGUCGUUUCUAGGGAUUGGAGGUACACCUGGACCAAAAUUCCUCAACUUGCAUUUUCCGAAUUUCAGUUUAAAGCAUCGACCGAUGAUAAUAAACUGUCCGCUUUGGAGAAAACGUUUGGUGUAACAAGUCAAAGGAGAAAUAUGACCAAAAGGUGUAAAUUAUUCUAUGGUAUAUACCACGUUUUGUUAACGCGCCAGGGUCCAGUUGAUGUGUUUACUCUUUGCAUGAAAGCUGAUAAAAGUUGUGUUGAACUUGACCAAAUAAUACAUCAUUUGUCAAGAUCAAGCAAUAAUACCCUCAAGAAACUUACGCUUUACUUAAAUAGUUCCAGUGGCAGUGGGUAUAAGUUGCCCUUAUCUUUCUUUUCUUUGAAACGGUUAACACACCUAACUCUCGAUGGGUGUCAUCUUGAUGAUCAACCAACGUUCAAAGGAUUUCCUAGCCUUACAACCUUAUCCUUGGAUGAUGUAAACACCUCUAAAAGCAUGCUUAUACAUUUGGUGUCCAGUUGUCCAUUAAUUAAAAGAUUCACUCUGAUUAUAGAUGAUGAAAACAUUAUUGGUGAUGAUGAUGACGAUGAUGCCAACAUUACUAAGCUAUUGGAUUGUUUACACGUGAUUGAACAUCUGUGUAUUAGUCAUUCGGCUAUUCAGUGUUUUGAAGACAGAGGAGUUCCGCAAGAGCUUCCCAGCGCUUUAGUCCACCUCAAAUUCUUCUGUUUUGUAGAUAUAUCUUUCAUAGCGAAAUGUGGGUUACUAUUUGUGGGUCUUGUAAUCAGAAACUCCCCGAACUUGGAGAAACUUAGGCUGACGGUAUCUCAAUAUCCGUUUCUUGAAAAAUCCAAGAUAGAGCCCAUUAAUUUGCAAGAUUAUUCGGAUAUUUGGUUGGAGCAUCUGAAAGAAUUGGAGAUUGAAGAUUUUGUUAACUUAGAGCAUUUAUUGGAGUUUGUAAAACUUAUCUUAACCAAGUCACCCGUGUUGAAGAAGGUAAGCAUAUUCCUCUACUACGAGGUUACUACAGAUGAAGAGAUGAUGGUUUUAAGAAUUCUCUUAUGCUCCCCUCGUGCAUCACCUCACGCAAAAAUCUUUGUUGAGCGUCGGCCUAUUAAAUAAAAUGAAGUUGAUCAGUUUAAACAUAUAUAUGUACCCGUGCCAGAUGAAGUUGAGUUUAAACAUAUUAUAUGCCUGAUGAAUGUAAUUGACUUCAAGUCACUU